AUGCGCGUGCCCUUCCUCACCGCAUCACGCCACCGCCCUCUCGUAACCGCUAUUCGCGGUGCCUCUCUUCGCUCCACUGGCACUACGGCGUCCGCCGUCGCGUCUCUGUCGCGCGUGCUCGUGUGCAGCAGCCGUAACUUCUACGAUAAAAUUCGCGAGAGGCGCGACGGUAGUGACGACGAGGGCCCUGAGCAGAUGUUUCAGGACUUCCCUAAGGGCCCGCACCGGCAGCGCGUCCCGGCUGAGCUGCACAGAUGCAGCGAAGACGCGGUUGAGGGUGCCGAGAGGCUCAAUCGCAUCUUCGGCAUCGCCCUCGUGCUGGCGUUUGGUGGCGGGAUCUACGUGCUCAACCCGUACCGGGGCGACCCGUACGGCCGUCCUGAUGGCUACGGGAUGACGGAGCCAAAAACUGGCGUACGGCCGUGA